CCUAGCCAGUGGGCGAAAAAAAACAUUCGUCAAUUCUCCGUCGUCGAUCGAACGCUGUAUUUUUUUCCAGUGCAAUAUUCGGCCGAUGAAUAAAAAGAGUGAAUUGAAGUACUCCCUAAAAAAAUUAUAGUAAAUAAAUGUAGUCAAAAAGAACGACUGUGAGAGAGAGCGUAAUACAAAACGAGUGCUGUGGCUGAGGUGUGUGCGUAUGCGUGUAUGUGUGUGUGACGUUUACAGCAAAAAGUUCGGAGGUGUCGUCAAAAUUUUCGAGUAUUUUAAAGUUAAUGCAACCGAUUCCCGAUCGGAUAUGAAUUGAUCGCAAAUAAUCGAUCUAAUCGGAUAUGGAGAAAUAUUGCUAAUUGCAAACAAAACAGGGAAAAACAAUAAACAACGGCAAUUUGUUGCUGCCGCAACAGCAACAACAACAACAGCACACUAACACCACCCCCUGUUUCAGCCUAACGGUUCAUUCACAGUGGCAGAGGAAUAAACAGUAGAAGAAGAAGAAGAGUGUGCGAACUGGGAGCAUCAUGUGGCGGUCUUAGGAAAAUCAGCAAGGGAUUAAUCAUCGCGGAUCGCGAAUCGGGCAUCGGGCAUCACAGUUCGCAACGAUCGAGAUCUAGGCAGCGUAACGUAACCCAGGGACUUAAACUUCAGCAGGGAGUAUAGACUGAGAUCGGAGAUCGUCGUUCUGCGUCAGAAGAUGACCCUGACCACAACGAUCACUGCCUCAUCAGCCGAGAGCCAAGCGAAAAUGGACGUGAAGGGCGGCGCACUUCCCGGCGAAGAGAACCUGCCCACCUCCGAGAUGAAUCUGCUGGCCAAGCUGGAGGCGGCCAACAAGCUCAUCGAGAGCGAUGCCAAGUCCCUCAACUCUCUGCACUCCACGCACAGUCGCAAGAACUCGGACACGAGUCAGAUCAGCCUCACGUCGAGUGGCAACUCGGUGGCGGAGGAGGACACCUGGACGACGUGGGCCACCAUCCUGAACGACUGGGAGGGAGCUCUGAAGCGCAAGAAUCCCUGCGUGGGUGAGCUGGUGCGCCGCGGAAUUCCGCACCACUUUCGGGCGAUCGUGUGGCAGCAGCUGAGCGGAGCGGCGGAGGCGGACAAGAAACAGUAUGCGGAAUACAUCAAGGCAACCAGUGCCUGCGAGAAGGUGAUCCGGCGGGACAUUGCCCGCACCUAUCCCGAGGUGGAGUUCUUCAAGGAGAAGGACGGACCCGGCCAGGAGGCCCUGUUCAACGUGAUCAAGGCCUAUUCGCUGCACGAUCGCGAGGUGGGCUACUGCCAGGGAUCCGGCUUCAUUGUCGGACUGCUGCUGAUGCAAAUGCCCGAGGAGGAGGCCUUCGCCGUGCUCGUGCAGAUCAUGAAGCAGCAUCGCAUGCGGCACAUGUUCAAGCCGUCGAUGUCGGAGCUUGGUCUGUGCAUGUACCAGCUGGAGAACCUGGUGCAGGAGCAGAUACCCGACAUGCACAUACACUUCCAGCAGCAGGGCUUCCAGACGACCAUGUACGCCUCCAGUUGGUUCCUCACCCUGUACACCACCACCCUGAAUGUCAAUCUCUCAUGCCGCAUCAUGGACGUCUUCCUCAGCGAGGGCAUGGAGUUCAUCUUCAAGGUGGCCCUGGCCCUGCUCCUCACCGGCAAGGAAACGCUGCUCUGCCUGGACAUGGAGGCCAUGCUGAAGUUCUUCCAGAAGGAGCUGCCCGGUCGCGUCGAGGCCGACGUCGAGGGCUUCUUCAAUCUGGCCUACUCCCUCAAGCUGAACACCAAGCGCAUGAAGAAGAUGGAGAAGGAGUACCAGGACCUCAAGAAGAAGGAGCAGGAGGAGAUGGCCGAGCUGCGGCGUCUGAGACGCGAGAACUGCCUGCUGAAGCAGCGCAAUGAGCUGCUCGAGGCCGAAAGUGCCGAACUCGCGGAUCGCCUGGUGCGCGGCCAAGUCUCCAGAGCUGAGGAAGAGGAAACUAGCUAUGCCAUUCAAACAGAGUUGAUGCAAUUGCGGCGCUCUUAUUUGGAGGUCUCCCAUCAGCUGGAAAACGCCAAUGAGGAGGUCCGCGGCUUGAGUCUUCGCCUUCAGGAGAAUAAUGUAUCCAUCGACAGCAACAACUCCCGGCAGUCGUCCAUCGACGAGCUCUGCAUGAAGGAGGAGGCGCUUAAGCAGCGCGACGAGAUGGUCUCCUGUCUGCUGGAGGAGCUGGUGAAAGUGCGCCAGGGUCUGGCCGAGAGCGAGGAUCAGAUCAGGAACCUGAAGGCCAAGGUGGAGGAGCUGGAGGAGGACAAGAAGACGCUGCGGGAGACGACGCCGGACAAUUCGGUGGCCCACCUGCAGGACGAGCUGAUUGCCAGCAAAUUGCGCGAGGCGGAGGCCUCACUCUCGCUGAAGGACCUCAAGCAGCGGGUGCAGGAGCUGAGCAGCCAGUGGCAGCGACAGCUGGCGGAGAACCAGCGCAGCGAAAGCGAACGCACCACCAACGCCGUGGACUCCACGCCCAAGAAGCUGCUGACCAACUUCUUCGACAGCUCCAAGAGCAGCGAGCACACCCAGAAGCUUGAGGAGGAGCUGAUGACCACACGCAUUCGCGAAAUGGAGACGCUCACCGAGCUCAAGGAGCUGCGACUGAAGGUCAUGGAGCUGGAGACGCAGGUCCAGGUGUCCACCAAUCAACUGCGGCGGCAGGACGAGGAGCACAAGAAGCUCAAGGAGGAGCUCGAAAUGGCCGUGACCAGGGAGAAGGACAUGUCCAACAAGGCGCGCGAACAGCAGCACAGAUACUCGGAUCUGGAAUCUCGCAUGAAGGAUGAGCUGAUGAACGUGAAAAUCAAAUUCACCGAGCAGAGCCAAACGGUGGCCGAACUGAAACAGGAAAUUUCACGACUAGAGACCAAGAACUCAGAGAUGCUCGCCGAGGGCGAACUGCGCGCCAAUCUGGAUGAUUCGGAUAAGGUGCGCGACCUGCAGGACAGGCUGGCCGACAUGAAGGCGGAGCUGACGGCGCUAAAGAGUCGUGGCAAAUAUCCGGGCACAAAACUGCGCAGCUCAUCGAUCCAAUCGAUCGAAUCGACCGAGAUCGACUUCAACGAUCUGAAUAUGGUGAGGCGCGGGAGUACGGAGCUGUCGACAUAACCUAGAGAUCGACCAGAUCCAGCAGAUCCUCACCAAAUAAGAACCACAAACACAACCACAACCAGGAGAAUAGCAGCGAGUGAGAGGGGAGAGAAAAAUCAGGGCAGUACAGGAUACACCCAUAAGUAUAUGGGGAAGCGAGCUGAAGCCGAUUUAUAUAUAUAUGCAUCAUUGAUAUAUAUGUAAGGGCAGGCCUGUGAUCACAAAGAAGGAACGAAUCGGAUGGAGCAUCAGCAUCGGGCACAGCAAGUUAAUUAAGGAUCGAGGAGGAGAGAGCAGAAUAGUUGCAAUCCCAUUACAAUACUAUUUUAUUUAUGUUAAUAUUCGGUUAGACUUAACUAUUAUGAUAUGCAUAUUUUAGUAUGAUUAUUUGUAUCUACAUUUUUUUUUUUUGGCAAUAACUUUAUUACUGUUAUGUUUUACACUCGAAACACACUCAUAUUUAUUUAUUUUAAAUCCUAAUUGAAACGAUAUUGUGAGUAUUUUACAACCCCUGUACAUUGAUCGAUGGCAACUGAUCCGAUGCGAUGGAUUGCAGAUAGGUGAUUGGCAUUUGGCAUUUGGAUAUCCCCUAGAUAUAUAGCACAUAUGCGCAAAGCAAUGAAUUUUAUGUAUACCCCCAAGAACCCAUUUCCCUAACCAAGCAUCCUGUGAAUCACUUUUAAUGUAAGUUUUAAGCGAAUCAAAUUGUUCUUUGGCCAGGCGAAGAAAACGUUUUUAAUCAAUGCGCCGACUUUUUAAAGUGUACUCAUUUUUCGGUUUCGUCAUAUGAUUUGUAUUAUGAUUUCAUCCCCGUAGAAUGAUAUUAACACUCAUACACACAUUUGUCUGGAAUGAAUUUUGUAACUCUCGUAUAGUAAGCUAAACCAAUUUAAACUUUAAAGUAAAAUAAAACCAAGUGCGAAAGACAAAGUAACAAGCGUGGCC